AUGAAACUCAGAGGAGCAAAGGAAAUAGGCAUGAAUGCUGAGCAUAUCAAGCUCCCAAGAGACAUCACCGAGGACGACCUGAUUGCCAAGCUAAAGUUGCUCAACUCUGAUGAUUCUGUCGACGGAAUCAUCCUUCAACUCCCUCUCGACUCGUCCAAUGGAAUUGACGGAGAAAAGGUGACGGAGGAAAUUUCGGAAUGGAAAGAUGUCGAUGGGUUGACAACGAUGACAGCUGGAAAAUUGGCGCGAGGAGAGAAGGAUAUCUUCGUCCCUUGUACUCCUAAGGGUUGUAUGGAACUGAUCAACCGGGCGAACAUGAAAACUACUGGGAAACGAGCGGUAGUUUUAGGCAGGAGCAAGAUUGUCGGGACGCCGAUGUCAGACUUGCUAAAAUGGGCAAAUGCGACGGUCACGUGUUGCCACUCCAAAACAGAGAACUUGGAAGAAAUCUGCAGACAAGCAGAUAUACUCGUCGCUGCUGUUGGUAAGCCAGGUUUAGUAAAGAAAAGCUGGUUAAAAGAAGGAGCAGUGGUGAUUGAUUGCGGAAUCAAUCCUAUUCCAGAAAGUACAAAGAAAUCUGGCCAGAGAUUGGUUGGUGAUGUCGAUCCGGAGUGCUUUGAAACUGCAUCUGCUAUGACUCCAGUUCCUGGUGGUGUUGGACCGAUGACUGUUGCCAUGCUGCUGAAAAAUACUUGCGAAGCAAGUUUCAAACGACAUGCCUCGCUGAUGCGCCUUACCGGCCAUGUCGGCCCCUCUGACUGGAACUUGACGAAACUGCCACUUACUCUCCUCCGUCCAGUCCCAUCCGACAUCGAUAUCGCCCGUGCUCAGCAUCCCAAGUACAUCCGAACACUUGCCCUUGAAUGCGGCAUUCUGGAGACGGAACUUCUUCAAUAUGGAAACACAAAAGCUAAGGUCUCGCUAAAAGUUCUCGAUCGACUCCAAGAUUCUUCACCAGGAAAAUACGUUGUUGUCGGAGGAAUAACUCCAACUCCUCUUGGUGAAGGAAAAUCAACAACGACGAUUGGCCUCGCUCAGGCGUUAGGAGCGCAUUUGGAUAAAAACUGCUUCGCGUGCGUUCGUCAGCCUUCGCAAGGCCCUACAUUCGGCAUCAAGGGCGGUGCAGCUGGCGGUGGCUACUCCCAAGUCAUUCCCAUGGACGAAUUCAACCUCCACCUCACCGGUGACAUCCACGCCAUCACAGCCGCCAACAACCUCCUCGCCGCGGCCAUCGACACGAGAAUCUUUCACGAAGCAACUCAACCCGACGAAGCACUGUUCCGCAGAUUGACGACAGAUAAAUCGAACAAAGUUCGUUUCUCACAAGUUCAGCUCGAUCGACUGAGUCGGCUUGGCAUCGCGAAAUCUGAUCCAAAUGAGCUUACGGCUGAGGAGAGGGUUCAAUUUGCGAGGCUCGAUAUUGACCCGGAGCAGGUGAUGUGGAAUCGAGUUUUGGAUGUUAAUGAUAGAUAUCUCCGAAAAAUCACCGUCGGUCAAUCUCCCACCGAGAAGAAUAUCUCCCGAGAAACAAAUUUCGACAUUUCAGUCGCUUCCGAAAUCAUGGCGAUUCUAGCGCUCGCCACCUCCCUCAAAGACAUGCGAGAGCGACUGGGAAAAAUGGUCGUAGCUCUUGACAAGAAAGGAAAACCAGUGAUUGCUGAUGAUCUUGGAAUCGGCGGAGCUCUGACAGUUUUGAUGAAAGAUGCGUUGAUGCCGAAUUUGAUGCAGACUUUGGAGGGAACUCCUGUUUUUGUUCAUGCAGGGCCCUUUGCGAACAUCGCUCAUGGGAAUUCUUCGAUUCUUGCAGACGCCAUUGCGCUCAAACUUGUCGGAGAAGAUGGAAUCGUCGUCACCGAGGCUGGUUUUGGCAGCGAUAUUGGAAUGGAAAAGUUUUUCAACAUCAAAUGUCGCGCUUCAGGCUUGAAACCCGACGCAGCAGUAAUUGUUGCUACAAUCAGAGCGCUCAAGAUGCAUGGUGGAGGAUCUCCCGUCGCUCCUGGCCGCCCUCUUGCCGAUGAAUACAAAUCGGAGAAUGUGGAACUCGUCGAAAAAGGCUUCUCGAAUCUGAAAAAGCAAAUUGAAAAUGGCGUUUCCUUCGGAGUCCCUGUCGUUGUUGCUAUCAAUACGUUUUCGAGCGAUACAAAGGCGGAAAUUGAGAAAUUAAUGGAGCUUUCUCACGCUGCAGGAGCUAGUGAAGCGGUUGUUUGCUCUCAUUGGGCUGACGGCGGCGCUGGAGCUACAGAUUUGGCGAAGGCAGUUGUAAAAGUCACCCAAGAACCAUCCAAUUUCAAGUUUUUGUAUCCACUAGAAGACUCGAUCGAAGACAAAAUUCGAAGCAUCGCGCAAAAUAUCUACGGCGCCGACGACGUUUCAUUUACUGAAGAAUGCGCCGAGAAAAUCAGAGUGUUUACUGAAGAGGGAUUCGGAAAUCUUCCCAUUUGCAUGGCGAAAACUCAGUAUUCCCUGUCACAUGAUCCUGCACUAAAGGGUGCCCCUCGAGGAUUCACGCUUCCUAUUCGUGACAUCAGGGCGGCGGUUGGCGCCGGAUUCCUGUAUCCUCUCGUGGGUACAAUUUCCACGAUGCCCGGUCUCCCGACGCGCCCGAGCUUUUACGACAUCGAUAUUGACUGCGAAACCGAGGAAAUUUAUGGCCUUUUCUGA